GUUUCACAUCAAAAUGUGCCUUCUGUUUGCCGUAAAGUGUUGCUUUAAAGGCUUAAAGAGGAGGCAAAUAAUAGAAAUCUUGGCAAACUUUGCAUUGGAGGCGGCGUCUCAGCCGAGACAAUAUUAGAACAGUUGCCCGGCAACCGCGGCCGCAAACAGACGCGCGGGUGUCGUAAAGGCUGAAGAGGCUGGUGUUGAAAAAGAGUGGAGACAGAACCCAUUGUGGUGUUGGAGAGAGGAGUGAGCUGCCGCCUGCCUGCCUGCCUGAGAGGGAAGAGAGAGAAAAAAGAGGAAAUCUCCGCGAACACAAAGAGGGGACUCGUUGAUGAGCGGAUCGAUACGGGACGUGACCGGACAGCGCACACGUCGGUGGGCUUUGUGAAGACGGACCGUGACGUCCGGGCGGAAAGAGCCGGUAUAUGAAGAGUUAAGACCCGACAACACAACUGUUUAUUUCAGCAGCAGCAGCUAGCAGGCUAGCUGGCUACAUACCCAGGAGCUAGACAUGAGAAGCCCGUGAGAGUUUGGUGUGAUUAGAGAUCUUGGAGCUGUCUGCAGGUUUCAGGCUGAGAGGAGGAUUCCUGCAGAGUCCGUCCACCGCCUCGUCAGGAAACGCAACUUUGAAGAAUGAUAUCAAUACGUGCUGCACCCUGAGCCUUACAAUGUGGAUUGAAGCGUGCCUUUCUGCAGCCUCCACUUACAAAGAAGGCCUUCUGGCUCCAGGUUUCACACAAACACUGAGGAGGGAGAACAUGACUCACCGGGCCCUGCCAGAGACUGGCACGGGGCAGCUGUGCCAACCUCGCCACCGCCUGCCACUUUAGAAGCUAACGCCGUAUACACCAUGACGGAGAGGCAUUGAGGGUUAUCUCCCUGACGAUCAUCCUCCCUUUUCCCUCAAGGAUCCCCCUUGCCCCUCCCCCCGCCCCCCAUCAUGCUGCGCUUCCUGCCUCUCAAACUGGGCCGCCUGUACCGCUGUCUGAAGCUCCUGCUGGUGGUGGGAUUGUUUGUCAUCCUGUUGAUGAACACUCACAACCUGUUCGCCUCCUUCCAGAAGAACGAGCUGACGGACAGACGCUUCAUCAACCUCAACAAGUGUCCCGCCUGCUUCGGCACCAGCUGGUGUCGCAAGUUCAUGAACGGCCAGGUGUCCUUCGAGACCUGGGGUCGCCUCAGAUUCCUGGACGUGUUCAACGUCAAGAACGUUUACUUCGCUCAGUACGGCGAGCCCAGGGAGGGCACCCGCCGCGUGGUGCUCAAGCGGCUCGGCUCCAACCAGGAGCUGGCCGAGAUCGACCAGAAGAUCUGCAAGAGGGCGACGGGCCGGCCGCGCUGCGACCUCAUCCAGGCCAUGUACAAGACGGAGUUCGCCCGGAUCAACGGGGACGUGCGGCUGCUCACCCCGGAGGUGGUGGAGGGCUGGUCGGACCUGGUGCACUGCCCCUCUCAGAGGCUGCUGGACCGCGUGGUCCGCAGGUACGCUGAGACCAAAGACUCAGGCAGCUUCCUUCUAAAGAACCUGAAGGACACGGAGAGAAUGCAGCUGCUCAUGACAUUGGCAUUCAACCCGGAGCCCCUCGUCCUACAGAGCUUUCCCUCCGACGAAGGAUGGCCGUUCGCCAAGUACCUGGGAGCGUGCGGGCGCAUGGUGGCCGUCAACUACGUGGGCGAGGAACUGUGGAGCUUCUACAACGCGCCCUGGGAGAAGCGGGUGGACCUGGCGCGUCAGCUCAUGGACAUCGCCGAGCAGCUCACCAACAACGACUUCGACUUCGCCCUCUACCUGCUUGACGUCAGCUUCGACAACUUCGCCGUCGGCCCGCGCGACGGGAAGGUCAUCGUCGUCGACGCCGAGAACGUCCUGGUGGCGGAUAAGAGGCUGAUCAAGCAGAACAAGCCAGAAAACUACGACGUGUGGUACGAGAGUCGCUUCGAGGAGUGCGACAGGGAGGCCUGCCUCUCGUUCUCCAAGGACUCGCUUUGCUCCCGGGUCACCGUGGACCACAACUACUACGCCGUGUGCCAGAACCUGCUGUCGCGGUAUGCUACGUGGCGGGGCACCACCGGAGGCCUCCUCCACGACCCCCCUGCCCACAUAUCCAAAGACGGACAACUGGAGGCGCUGUUGGACGAGUGCACCAGACCUAAGAAGCGCUACGGCCGCUUCCAAGCCGCAAAGGAGCUGCGCGAAUACCUCACACAGCUAGCCGCCGCCUCCUCCUCCUCGGCCUCAGCCAGGUAAUAAAAGGAGUCGGCGUUAGUCCCGACGCACUGACAGACUGGAUCCUGAACUCUUUAUCCCCCGGACUCUUGAGAUCCUGGUUCUUGUACAUGAUGUCAUUCGCCCGCCCUUUUGUGCACUGGAACUGGAAGGUGUUCAUGGUCUUGCAUCAGGAAGUGUAAGACUCAAAACUUCAAAGCAAGAUUUGCUCAAGCUCUUGCUGUUCCCUGACUAUGAAAGAGGAGUGUGGCGCUAAGAGAUUCUGCUUAGAACCAGGAUGGAGAGGGGAUAGAGGUAACCUCUGCUCUCCCUGGGUGGGCUCCCAUCCUUAAGGGGGGGAGGGGAGAAAGGGCUCUGGUAAACGCAUCACUCACUGGACCCGGGCUAAAGCUAACCAGAGCAUCCAUGCAACAACGAGGCACAGCCCUGACCACAUCCAUCCUCCUGUUUAGUCUCCGAUCUGUGAACUGUUGUGUUUCAUGACAUUGACUCUUGAAUACCUGUCUCAUUUUAGCCCCCAGGGGGUCUUGUUUUUUCUUUCAAUUUUGAAAAUUCUUUUCAGGGCUGGAUUUCCGUAGAUUGGUGCGUUUACAUUUUUUGUUUGCUGCGUUUUAUUUCUUUUCUCUCUCUCUCUGUAGCAUGGCUGCAGUGAAGGUAAAGGUAGCAUGAGUCUCCUGCUGUCAGGCCCAGCUCACAGCAGGUAGAAAGGAGA